AUGGCAAAAACGGUAAAGAAGAAAAAGGAUGAAGAAAAUGGCAAAGUAAUCGAAGAAGAAGAAGAAGAAGAAGAAGAAGAACCUGAAUUAAUAUCCGAUCGUGGACGUAUUCGAUCCAAAGAGGAUGAAGAAGCAUUAGAUAAGAAAAUUGCUGAAAUACGAAAAAAGAAUCAAUUGAUCGAACAACGGAAAGAACUUGUAGAAGAAGAUCGUGCAAAUUUUUUCAACGAAUAUGGUAAAAUAAGCGUUUAUGAUGAAACGAGAAGGACAAUGUAUAGAAAUGUAAAUUUUUCAACAAAUCAAAGUUAA